GAGACCAAAGCGCGUUCCCGUGUUUGCGGAGGAGAAGAGCAGAUAGCUUAAAGAGGUGCAAACGAAAACACGUCCAAAAUUACAUUUGAACCCGCAAAUCCUUUAAAGAAAACCCAUCAAAAUGUCGGAGGAGAAACCAAAGGAGGGCGUGAAGACUGAGAACGACCACAUUAACUUAAAGGUAGCGGGUCAGGAUGGCUCGGUGGUUCAAUUCAAAAUCAAGAGACACACACCGCUCAGCAAACUGAUGAAGGCCUACUGCGAACGUCAGGGGCUCUCGAUAAGGCAGAUCAGGUUCAGGUUUGACGGACAGCCAAUCAACGAGACAGACACACCUUCACAGCUGGAGAUGGAGGAUGAAGACACCAUAGAUGUUUUCCAACAGCAGACAGGCGGUCUCUGCUAAGCCCCUCCCGUUACAGUGAUUGACAUACCCAAACCAUGCCCACUGCUCCUCUCCUCCAGUCACUCUUCGGCCUCUGUGUUCACUUGUGUUUUUUUUUUGUCUGUCGCAGUUUUGUCCUGAGGGGUGGGAGUGGGGAUGAAUUUGCCCCUUAGACACUGAUUUAAGGUCAGUUAUUAGUUUACCCCAUAUUGGAUGAGGUUAAGUUUAGGAGACGGUGAGCUGAUCUGUGGUAAGGGGCAACUUCUACUUUGAGGCUUCCCCAUUGUCUGUGUUUCCUUGUUCUUAUUUUAAAAUAUGUCUGGCGCGGUUUUGGAUGGGGUGGGGGGGGGGCUCCCCUCAAAUGUCUGUCUUAGUCAAGAUUUAACUCUUGAAUGGUCUUGGACAGCUUCCGGGUCUUUCCAAUGUUAAAAACGAUGAGUUUUGAUCUAGAAACAAUCCCUACCCCUAAGCCACUUGUGUAGUGUUUUGUAUUUAUCCAACACCUCGAAUCUACAAGAAGUGCCUAGGGGUUAGUGGGUGGCUUCUGGACCCUUCCAAUGGUUUGACAUGGGGGAAGCCCUGGUUUAUUCGAGGGUGAAAACCAAGGGUGCAUCUCGAAAGUCUUAGGUUGCCUCCAAUCCUUCAUUUGGCACCGAUCUGAACAUUCAGGCUAAGGUGGAUGCCAACCAUGGAAUGAGCUUUCACCUGUCCAGUUCUUUAGUGUCAGUUUUACAAGAAUGAAAGAAAGGAGUCUCCUUGUCACAAGGAAGCUAUUUUUACUGGUGAGAUGCACCCCUAGUUUUUUUAUUAUUAUAUUUUUUUUUUUUUGAGGGCAGUCAAAAGGGAAUAUUCCCUGAUACCAUAUACGGGAUAAUUUAUCUUAAUUUUUUCAGUGGUCAGUUCUUACAGCAACCCUGUCAGUGAAUCUGUUUUUGGGUGGGGGUGUAAGUUGGGAGGGAGAAGUCAUCCUUAAACACUGAUACCGGGUCAGAUAUUUUGCAUCCCCCUAAUGGUUAAUGUUUUGGGGGUUAAGGUUGUCUGAUCCUAGAUCUGUGGUUGGGGUCUACUUCUACUUGGAGGGUAAGGAGGGGGUGGUUAUGGUCUUUACCCACAAGUUUUGUCAUAUGGUAUUUGUUUGGUUUCUCUACUGAUUUGUACAUUGUUUGGCGUCUUUUACUACUGUAAACAAUAAAUAUAGUUUGGUACUCAG